UUUUAGCCCGCGAAAGAAGACGCUGAAGUAUACGGAAAAUGUUAUGUUAUUUAAUAAUGAAUUUUAUUUAAAAGCAUUUAACGUACCUUUGAAAUCCCACCCGACUUGAAAAUAGUUCGACAAGUAUGAAUGACUACGAAUAAUAAAGUGAAUUAUGAUUUCCACCCACGACGCAGCUGAAAUAUGAAGAUGACAGGAUGUCCAGUAAUGUCCGCCGUGUUUUCGAGCCACCGGCACAGGAAGUGGAGGAAGGACACCACUUCAGCAAAAGUCGCAGGUCUUGAUCCAGGAGGGGAGGGGGGCCGAGUCCAGAGGGGAGGCGCGUCCACCACGUGAAGGCUCCGCCCCUCCUUUCCUCAUCUGACUGGGAUGAAUGCAAGCGGGAACCAGAAGCUUAGAAGAAAGUUCUGUUGACUGCACUGAAGGCAAACCAGAGGAGCUGAAGUCCAGGUAUGUGCUGAGCCGCCAUCCAGUCCAGGUGGUCAGCAUGAUCUCCCACUACCCUCUGGCCACCAUCUUGCCUUGGCCUCCAGCCCCCAGCCACCACUACCCCGACCUGGACUGCACCCUGCUGCUGGAGGGCGACGGAGGGGUGGCCCUGCAGAGGUAUCAGGCUCGCUCCCCAGAGGGAAGCCCCCGGCACUGGAGCUCUGUGCAGGACUGGGGGGAGGAAGUGGAGGAAGGAGCCAUCUACAAUGUAACACUGAAGAGGGUUCAGAUUCAACAGGCAGCUAACAAGGGUGCAAGAUGGCUGGGGGCGGACGGCGACCGCUUGCCUCCAGGCCACACAGUGAGCCAGCUAGAGACCUGCAAGAUCCGAAGCAUCCGCGCCGGAACCCUGGAGCGUCUAGUGGAGACGCUAUUGACGGCGUUCGGCGACAACGACCUCACGUACACCUCCAUCUUCUUGUCCACCUACAGAGCUUUUGCCAGCACGCAGACGGUACUGCAGCUCCUGCUCGACAGGUAUGGAAAUGUGGAAGAAAAUCAGCCAGAUGCCAAGAGAAGCCAAAUAUCCGAAAGCAAUGGAGCCAUCAGAAAUGCCUUAGCCUCUAUCCUGCGUGCCUGGCUGGACCAGUGUCCUGAAGACUUCCAGGAGCCUCCAGACUACCCCUGCCUUCACAGGGUGAUAGAUUACCUCGGUAAGGCCCUGCCCAGCUCGGAGGCCCUGCGACGGGCAGAGGGUCUGCUAGAACAGCUGCGGAUACAAGCCAGCACGGACGAAUCUGAUGCCGGCUUCCACGGCAACACUUCCUACAGCCUCGGGGAAGAGGAUGAAGUUGACGGGGAGGUCCAGGAAGACUUUUUGUCAUUUGACUCCGACCUGGUGGCUGAGCAGCUGACCUACAUGGAUGCACUGCUGUUCAAAAAGGUGGUGCCGCACCACUGCCUGGGCUCCAUCUGGUCCCAGAGGGACAAGAAGCACAACAAGCACAGCGCGCCCACCAUUCGGGCCACCAUCACUCAGUUCAACGCGGUAGCGGCUUGUGUGGUCAGCACGGUGCUGCGACAUCGACAGAUACGACCGCAUGUCAGAGCGCGGAUCAUCCAGCGCUGGAUAGAUAUCGCUCAGGAGUGUCGCAUACGUAAGAAUUUCUCCUCCUUGCGAGCCAUCGUGUCCGCGCUGCAGUCCAACCCCCUGUAUAGGCUUAAGAGAGUGUGGAACUGCGUACAUAAAGACAGCAUGCAGACGUUUGAGGAGCUGUCGGACAUAUUUUCUGAUCACAACAACUACCUGACCAGCAGAGAGCUGCUCAUGAGGGAAGGUACUUCCAAGUUUGCCAGUUUGGAGAGUUGCGCCAAGGAGCAUCAGAAACGUACCCACAAGAGACUUCUGCUGCAAAAGGAAAUGGGAGCCAUGCAGGGAACCAUACCCUACCUGGGGACCUUUCUGACAGACUUGACCAUGCUGGAUACAGCACUUCCUGACCUAGUAGAGGGUGGUCUAAUCAACUUUGAGAAGAGACGCAGAGAGUUUGAGGUGAUUGCCCAGAUCAAGCUGCUCCAGUCGGCCUGCAACAGCUACUGUCUGACUCCGGAACAGGUGUUCCUGCGCUGGUUCAAGAGGCAAACUCAGCUCAGCGAGGAGGAAAGCUACACCUUGUCAUGUGAAAUCGAAGGUCUCGGCGACAGCAGCCCGACCUCGCCCAAGCCCCGAAAAAGCAUGGUGAAGAGACUCAGCCUGCUCUUCCUUGGCACCGACAGCAGUGCAUCCAGUUCUCCGGUCAGAGAGACGCCACGCUCGCCCCCUACUGGAAGCUCAGGGGAGAGCAUGGACUCUGUCAGCGUGUCUUCCAGUGACUCCAGCAGCCCUUCAGACAGUGAGGGACUGACCCCCACCCACAGUUCGGACCCCCAGCAAAACAAGCUGUCGGAGUCUUCUUCUUGCACUUCCCUCCACUCCAUGGACACAGGUUCAUCCACCACUAGCGUCUCCAUGACGCCCGUCUCUCCCUCGCUUCCCGGACCGCCCUGCACCCACCGACGCUCCGUGUCCCUCACCCCCAUGUCCCCCACCUCCCCGAGCCAAACCCCUGUGUACAACACACAGGUCCAGGACGCCUGUAUCGUCCGGGUCAGUCUGGAGCACGGCAAUGGCAACCUCUACAAGAGCAUACUGCUGACCAGUCAAGACAAGACGAGGGCGGUCAUUUCCCGAGCCAUGGCCAAACACAACCUGGAGGAGGAGCCGGAGGAAGGAUAUGAGCUAGUCCAGGUCAUCUCUGAGGAGAGAGAGCUGAUCAUUCCAGACAACGCCAACGUCUUCUACGCCAUGAACACCUCGGCCAACUUCGACUUUCUGCUGCGCGUGCGAGGUUCGUCGGGUCGUCCGGUGCAGCUGCGUAGCCGCUGCAGCUCCACGCUGCCGCGCGCUCAGCACCACCGCUCCAGCCUCUCGCUCAGACUCAGCAAAGUCACGCUGUGACAUUGAACCACUGGCCCGCCGCUCACCACAAUGCCCUUUUUUUUUUUACGGACCUGAAAGUGUUCCAUUCUCCCUCCUCCUGCUCUGUAGCAGACCGCAGUGACUUGACUAGUGAGGGACAGCGACCUCGUGUGGCCUCCUCUUGCUACUGCAGCAAGGUUUUGCACAUGCACAAAAAGGGAGUGUGUAAAGCUCCUGAACCAGUAUUCUUCUAUAGAAGCAAAUUUAUCCUGUGUAGCUCAUAAAGAAGCAUCAUUUUACUGACCAAGGAGUGAACCUCAAACAGUAUUUGUGUAAAAAAAAAAAAAGAAGCCUCUAGUGUUUUUAUCGUGAACUGUAUGACGAAUGCAUGCGUUGCAUUCUGAUUGGUUCGCUUUACUUGGUUUUAACAAGUCUUUCGGCCUUAUUAAUGUGUCUUUCAUAAUAUUGACUACAGCGUUGCACUUGUCACUUGGUAAAAACAUGCCAAUGGGCUGUGAAUACACCAAUGAAAUAUGACUUUGUCAGUGUUGCUUUUACAUGUUUAUCUUUGUUUCUUUUGUAACGCCAGUAAUUUGGAGGGUUGUAGGAGGAUUUUUUUUUCUUGCAUAAUGUUAAUGAAUGAAUGCAUUUAGGAUGUACACAGAAAAGAAACAGAUAAUGUGAUGCCCUUUGGAGCACUUUUCAAAGUAGAAAAAAGAUCAGUCUGCCCUCAGAGAAUGUAACACAUAUCUUAUAUAUUAUCUCAAUGGGCUUUGACACCAAAAAAUAUGAAUUGAUGCUCAUGUUAAAAAUAAUUUCUCACCAUAGGAACCACAAAUAUUUUUGCCUUUGUGUAGCUGAAGUUAGGUAACCGCUGAAAGUGCUACUUGAUCAGUUGAGCCUGUUUGUUGUUCUACAGUAUUUUGUUGUUUUACUGCAUUGAUUCUGCCCUGUGUUAACACUGCUGUUUAAAUGUUCCAUGACAAAAAAGUCACUCCAUGUAAGAGAAAUCUCCUUAUCUGUCAAUGCCCGCAGCACUUAAAUGUGUCAUGAAAAAAAACAAAUGUCCUUCUCUGUUCUUCAGUAUUCUUCAUUGCCAAAGACUCUUCCUCUACCUAAAUCAAUAAAUUAUUAUCCCAGUU